AAAUAUCCUUCAAACACUUUAUUAGUUUGUGAUGAUUUCGCUGGUAAAGGUUUAGUUUCAAAACCAGAUUCACCAUUAGCUAAUUUAAUUACUAAAGUCAGACAUUAUCACAUGACUGUUGCAAUACUUAUGCAGACGUGGAGGUUUUUAGCUUUAAACAUUAAACGUCUCAUUACUGAUUUCGUUAUAUUUCAAGGUUUCUCAAAAUACGAUAUAGAAUUAAUUUGGAAGCAAUCAGGUAUAACAUUACCUUUUGAUGAAAUCUGGGAUGCUUAUAAAUCACUCAUUUCACCACGUUCAUAUUUAGAAAUUCAUAUAAUGACUAAUACAAUUAAUGUUAAAAAUAUACCUUGGGAAAGACCAACAUUAUUUUAA